AUCACCCCCCUUUUCCAGGCAAACUUUUGGCAAUAGCAGAGAUAAUCGCUGCGUGCUCCGCUGAAUUUCUCCUCGCUAAUGUCUUUGGAGCAGGGGAGCCAUUAAAAAAAAAAAAAAAAAAAAAAAAUUAAAUAAAUUACCAGACAGCCAGCACCGAGAGCAGAGGAGAGAAACUGGGAUCCCAAUAAAUAUGCAAAGUGAAGGCUCUGCUGAGCAGAUUUCUGGCAUCGCUUCCCGAGGGUGCUGAGAACCACCCGCAAAAUCAGGCUGGGGCUUUUUUUUUUGUUUUGUUUUCAUUGAUUUUUUUUUCAUAGCGUUUCGUUACCUUUUUUUUUUUUUUUUUUUUUAAUUUUUUUUUUUUUGGUCUAUAAAUUAAAAUAUUGAUAAGAAUAAAGGAGUGAGGAGGCAGCGAGGCUCGGGGACGGCGCAGGGGAGGCUCGCCCGGAGCUGAUCUGUAUGCGAGCUGCCUAGAACGGGCUGCGAGAGAUGCAACCGGCAAGCAAGCUGCUGACCCUCUUCUUCCUCAUCCUGAUGGGCACAGAACUCACCCAAGUGUUGCCUACCAACCCAGAGGAAAGCUGGCAGGUGUACAGCUCUGCCCAGGACAGCGAGGGACGUUGUAUAUGCACAGUGGUGGCACCUCAGCAGACGAUGUGCUCGCGUGAUGCCAGGACAAAGCAGCUGAGACAACUCCUAGAAAAGGUGCAAAACAUGUCCCAGUCGAUAGAGGUGUUGGACAGGAGGACUCAGAGAGACCUACAGUACGUGGAGAAGAUGGAAAACCAGAUGAGGGGACUGGAAUCCAAAUUUAAGCAAGUGGAAGAAAGCCACAAGCAGCACCUGGCAAGGCAGUUUAAGGCAAUAAAAGCGAAAAUGGAGGAACUUAGGCCUUUGAUACCAGUGUUGGAAGAGUACAAAGCCGAUGCCAAAUUGGUAUUGCAGUUUAAAGAGGAGGUCCAGAAUCUGACGUCAGUUCUAAACGAACUCCAGGAGGAGAUUGGCGCCUAUGACUACGAAGAGCUUCAGAACAGAGUGUCAAAUCUUGAAGAAAGGCUUCGUGCAUGCAUGCAAAAAUUAGCCUGUGGGAAGCUGACGGGAAUCAGUGACCCGAUCACAAUUAAAACCUCGGGGUCCCGCUUUGGAUCGUGGAUGACGGAUCCCCUGGCUCCUGAGGGAGAGAACAAGGUCUGGUACAUGGACAGCUACCACAACAACCGCUUCGUGCGCGAGUACAAAUCCAUGGCGGAUUUCAUGAACACCGACAACUUCACCUCCCACCGCCUCCCCCACCCGUGGUCGGGCACGGGCCAGGUCGUCUACAACGGCUCCAUCUACUUCAACAAAUACCAAAGCCACAUCAUCAUCAGGUUCGACUUGAAGACGGAGACCAUCCUCAAGACGCGCAGCCUGGACUACGCCGGCUACAACAACAUGUACCACUACGCCUGGGGCGGCCACUCGGACAUCGACCUCAUGGUGGACGAGAACGGGCUCUGGGCCGUCUACGCCACCAACCAGAACGCCGGCAACAUCGUCAUCAGCAAGCUGGACCCCAACACGCUGCAGAGCCUGCAGACCUGGAACACCAGCUACCCCAAACGCAGCGCCGGCGAGGCCUUCAUCAUCUGCGGCACGCUCUACGUCACCAACGGCUACUCGGGCGGCACCAAGGUGCACUACGCCUACCAGACCAACGCCUCCACCUACGAGUACAUCGACAUCCCCUUCCAGAACAAGUACUCCCACAUCUCCAUGUUGGACUACAACCCCAAGGAUCGGGCUCUCUACGCCUGGAACAACGGGCAUCAGAUCCUGUACAACGUCACCCUCUUCCACGUCAUCCGCUCCGACGAGUUGUAGCCCGGCUUUGGGUUGGAAACUUGGGUUUGGGGAGGGGGG